AUGGUUUCAAUAGCAGGAUUAAUAAGAUUACAAGAUACAUUAUCAAAAGAAUAUGGUGAAGAGAUUGAAAUAAUGACAAGUCGGUUAAAUCAAGAUUGUUUGGAAAAUUUAUUUGGAUCUAUGCGUAAUCAGAAUGGUAACUGUAUAAACCCCACAACUAUCCAGCUACAGCGUAAUUACAAAAAAUUAUUUUCCUUAAACUAUUUUGAAUAUAAUGAAGGUGCUAAUUGUUUGGAUGAUUUAGACCAAGUAUUGACUACCCUGAGCAAAAUACCAGCAGAAUAUUUGAAAACAAUAUUCCCUGACAAGCAGAAAGUAAUUCACAUUAAUCCAUUACCCAUUGAUGCAACCCAUUACAGGUCAUUAGAAUUACCAGAAAGAAAUGCUUUUACAUAUAUAUGUGGUUAUUUGAUUAUGAAAUGUUUUAACAUGCAUUCUUGUGAAACAUGUAUAGGAUAUGGCAGAUCUACCACAAAGUUAUCUGAUGAACUUUUUUUUACACACUUCAAAGCACAUCAACACAGUUCUAUAUCAAUGUUUUCAUCGUUAAUGACCCCAGAUUGUAAUUUUUACCAGUAUAUUUUUGAAUGA